AUGAUGCGUUUCAUCCUUUUGCUGUGUGCCGCGUCUUUGGCUGUUGCGCACAAAAACCCGCACUAUGCCUCCGGACGUACCACUAUGGUCCACUUAUUCGAGUGGAAGUGGGACGACAUAGCAGCCGAAUGUGAGAGAUUCCUAGGUCCAAGAGGAUUUGGUGGAGUGCAGAUUUCUCCACCAAACGAAAACCUUGCUAUCUGGUCUCACAACCGGCCAUGGUGGGAAAGAUACCAGCCCAUAUCCUAUCGCCUCGUUACCAGGUCGGGUAAUGAACAGCAAUUCGCGAACAUGGUGCGAAGAUGCAACAACGCUGGUGUUAGGAUUUACGUAGACGCUAUCAUCAAUCACAUGACUGGAACAUGGAAUGAGAACGUUGGAACUGGAGGCAGUACAGCCAACUUUGGUAACUGGCAUUACCCUGCUGUUCCCUAUGGCAGAAACGACUUCAACUGGCCUCAGUGCGUCAUCAAUGGCAACGAUUACAGAAACAAUGCAGCCAGAGUCCGCAACUGUGAACUCUCAGGUUUGAAAGAUUUGAACCAGGGAUCGGAAUACGUCCGUACUCAAAUUGUUAAUUACAUGAAUCGCCUCAUCGACUUGGGAGUUGCUGGAUUCAGAAUUGACGCCGCCAAACAUAUGUGGCCGAAUGAUUUGAGGAUCAUCUACGGAAGGCUAAAGAAUCUUAACACAGGACAUGGUUUCCCAUCUGGUGCUCGUCCCUACAUCUAUCAAGAAGUAAUUGAUCUCGGAGGAGAGGCUGUCAGUCGUGAUGAAUAUACUCCUCUCGCUGCGGUCACUGAGUUCAAAUAUGGUAUGGAGCUCAGCCGAGCUUUCUCUGGUCACAAUCAACUAAGAUGGUUGGUGAACUUUGGGCCUCAAUGGGGUAUGUUGGGUUCUUCAGACGAUGCUCUUACUUUCAUCGAUAACCACGACAACCAGAGAGGCCAUGGAGCUGGUGGAAAUAUUCUGACCCACAAAACAGCUCGCAACUAUAAGGGAGCCAUUGCCUUUAUGUUAGCUCACCCAUAUGGACGACCACAGCUUAUGAGUAGUUUCAGUUUCCACAAUACUGAGGCUGGACCACCAAUGGACAAUAGAGGCAACAUUAUUUCUCCAUCCAUCAAUUCGGACAAUACCUGUGGCAACGGCUGGGUCUGUGAGCACAGAUGGCGUCAGAUCUAUGCUAUGGUUGCAUUCCGUAACGUCGCUGGAAACACUCCUGUAUCUAAUUGGUGGGACAACGGUAGCAACCAGAUCGCUUUCUGUCGUGGAGGAGAAGCAUUUAUCGCUUUCAAUCGCGAUGGCUGGGAUUUGAAUCAGAACUUACAGACUUGCCUCCCGGCGGGUAACUACUGUGACGUUAUCUCCGGUGAGAAGAGAAACAAUCGUUGCACCGGCAAGACUAUAACAGUCGGAGGUGAUGGCCGCGCCCGCAUUCACGUUGGAGCUAACGACUUUGACAUGUUCCUUGCCAUUCAUAGAGGCAGCGAGUCGAGACUGUAA